AUGGGUAGCAAACCGACCGAGACCUGUAUGUUCUUCGUGGACGACUCCAACAUAUGGAUCGAGGCCCAAAAGUUCGCCGCCUCAGGCAAUAGCCGCAUGCCCAAACUGACAGACAGCGACAUCGACCCGCGUCUCAGAGUUGACAUCGGGAAGUUGAUCGAUGAGCUCAGAAAAGACCGCAGGCAAGGUCCUUCGUUUCUUUAUGGCUCUCGGCCACCGCCAAAUGAUUCCGUCUGGAACGCGUUUGAGAAGUAUAAGUUCGAGACUAAGAUCUAUGAUCGCGCGCACGGGAAAGAGAAGGAGGUGGAUAACUCUAUGGCGACGGAUCUGAGCUCUAGAGCCACCGAACUCAGCAUUAGGGCCGAGUAUGACUUGAGGUUCAGACAGCAGAAAGCCAAUACGACGUUUGUCGCCAUUACUGGAGACCGCGACCUACUCCCGCCAAUCAAGAAAGUACUGGAGUCAACAUCCCGGUCGAGUCUGCUUUCGGUAGACUAUCUGGACGAGAUAUUCGACAAGAUCUCCUUUACUAAUUUCCGCUCCACCCGACGGAGCAAGGCCAACAAAGUCGAUCCUGGCCAAACGAUCGUGCUUUGCGAGUUCGCGGACCUGGGAGGGGAUAACGUCGAAUCUUUCGUCCGCGAGCAGCUCAUUCAGUUGGAGCGCUUGUUCUACAUCACUCUUUCCAAGGCGGAAACGGAGGUAUUUGUGGAAUUUCCGAAGGUCAAGAACAUCGAGGCUGUGGUCCGCAAGGCACGAGAGCUGUUUAAGAAUGUUUUGACAGUGCUGUCAUGGCCCGAAUACUCAAGUCGUCUCCAUGAGGAUCUGCCGGCCAUGGUCGAGACAAGCAACAUGUAUGCGCCGUUGACGGAUGCUAACAGCCAACACUCCACCAAUGUCACAGUGAAAGAAGAACACAAACAUGUCGAACGUGAAGAUAAGCCGUCUAGUACCGCAGAGCCUGAGAGUGUAGACAGGGAAAACGAAAGGACACAAGGUCUCAAUGAUCCUGACGACAACAACGGCUGGCAAACGGUGAUUCGAUCCGACCUAGCAAGAGACCAUCGUCGCAGCAUACUCCAAACUCAGCAAUGUCCUGACCGCGUCCGCUGCAAGAAAAGAGGCGAGUGUGGUCACCGCCAUAGCGACGAGGAGCAGAACCUAUUUCGGGACAAUCUAAAUUUGGAUUUCCGGCUGUGGAAAACCAAGAAGUGUAAUCGCGCUGGCCCUCACGCCAGCAAGCGAUGUCCGUUUGUCCAUACGCCGGCCGAAGCACGGUGCCUUCAGUGCCGCCAUGAGGGCCACUAUACUGAAGGGUGCCGGUAUAGGAAGAGAACUUCGUAG